UUGAUUGGACGCAGGUAUUUGUGCGGGUAGAUCAAACUUUCGUGAAAAGUUGAAUUUGAUAUGUCGAAAAACCUACUGAGUUUACUGAUUUAAUCUACCUGUAAAAUGGAAUCAGGUCAAGGAUGGGAUUUCAACGCACCACAAUUUAUAGAUUUUACAAAACCAGUAGAAGACGAGAAUGUCGACCAAUAUUUCGAAUUUGAUCAUGAGAGUGGGGUACCAGUAGAUCUAGGAGACGAUGUGGAUGGGGCUGAUGGCAGUGACAUGUUCACCACGCCUAAUGCCGAAAUAAAGAAGGAAACGAGGGCAGUUUCUAAAACCCCAAAACAAAAAACAGAGACUCCAAGGACGGCGCCAGCACAGAGAGUGACCAGGGCCAAGUCUACCAGCAACCUGAAGACUCCUACCGCAGAAACUGCUUCACAAGAAUCAAUAGAAGUUGUAACAAAACCAGCUGUAACACCAUUGAAAGGUAAGUUGAGCAUUGUUUCAGAAAGUAAUAUAGUACUCCCAAUAGCUCGGUUGAUAGCAGAAGACUGUUGA